ACGAGGUCGAAAACGGGGAAUCAUACGAGUAUAUUCGAUGGCUUUGGGAAAUUUCUACUCCAAGAUGGACAGUUGAAGCUCUUUACCUUAAGAACUUUAUCCAAGAUGGUACUAGGAUUUAUACUCAUAAUCCUGAUUAG